AAUACUAUUUUGGAAGCAGCGCUUUGAAAGGUUUUACUUCGAGCUCCUGUGUGUGUUUUUUUCCUUGUCAUAUAUGCAGCAAAAUGUCAGAUGUUCGCCUUUCUAAUGCGAGCCCAGUGGAGAGGGUGGAUGCGCGGCAGCAAGACAGCGUCAGACCGUCGGUUCGCAGAAAUCUUUUCGGUAGACCUGACCCGGAGGAGAUACGCAGGGAUGCGGAGAUUUCGGUGCAGGAAGACGUGCAGCGUUUUAGGGCGACAUAUGAUUUCGAUCCGGUCGAACACAGGCCGCUCACUCCGCGCAGUUAUGCCUGGGUGACAGACGACGACGCACCGGAAUUUUAUCGCAGACAGCCCCACGGGAGACUGUCGCCCCAGCGAAGGAGCGACUUACCCGGAGAUAACAACCGACAGAAUAACGACAGUGAUGAAAGGCCGUCAGGUCGCCAACCGGGCAGAAACGGUUCGCGGAAAAGACGUGCAGAACCUGCAGAUUCUUGCUCCACCGAGUGUCCAACUAAAAGGUCGCGUAGUAGCGAUGGUGAUGAUGACGACGACAAGUCGGCUGGUGCAGGAAGUCAGACGAUAACAGCCGCGGAGGAGAGACCUGGCAGAGCCGAGGGCAGCGCGGAGCUUCAGUGAGAAACAGCGCCAGAGCGGAGAGACCUGUUGCUGGUGGAAUACUGUAGCUUUUCUCAUCAUCUGACAGAGGGGAGAGAUUUUUAUUAUUAUUAUUUUUUUGUUGUUGUUUGUUUUUAAAGCAACCUUUUCCUACAUAAGGGAGGAGGAGAGGCUGCACAAGCACUGAAUAUGUACACUAUCAAGUUUUGGCACUCAUUAAUUAAUUUGCCUCAGAAGCAGCAGACAAUGUAGCAUUGUGCAAAUUGAUUUUUGCUCAUUUCUUUUGUAUCUACUACCUAUGUUUGAGAUGUAGCACAUAAAAAAAAGCAUGUUAUGCUUUUCAUACUUUUUGUUAAAUGUGUUUAAAUGUGUGUGAAUUUGACAUGGGAAGUUGCAGUGCAAUUUCCAACAGAGAAAUAUUAUUUUUGUUAUAGUGGUCGUUUGUAUCAUUAUUCAGGUAAUUGAUAUAAUUGAAAAAAAUAUAUAAAUGAUAAAUGCAGAUUUUAAAAAGUCAGGGUUAUGUGGAAACAAAAUGUCUUCACUUUUUCUAUGGCUUUAUUCUCCCAGUGUUUAACAUGUUUGUUAUCUUUGAAGGCCCAGAUGACCACACUGUAAGUUGAGGUCCAUCUAACUGGGAAUAGCCAUGAUAGAUAAAGUUUACAUUCAAAUCAUGUAUCCCUGUUUCCCAGGUUUAUGUUAUUAUUUUUUUUUAAG